GUGUUUUUCAUUUAUUUUUGAGAAAUGGAGAGGAUCUCAUGAAAAUCAUAGUGUUGAAGCAAAAAUAAACUCUCUAUCUUACUCGUCCAAUGCCAUACUAGUAAGUCAUAACAACAUGCAUGGAAGCUAGUGCAGAGAGAGAGAGAAUAUUAAUGAAACAAGUCAGAGAUAUGAAUUGAUGACGAGAGAGUAUAUAUAAGAUUUGGUAAUUGAAUAUAAAGGGUAAGGUGGGGACUGAAUCAAAUCCUUAGAUACCCCAAAAGGAUCACGAAAUAUCUGUGACUCUCUCUCUCUCUCUAAAAUUCUUCUGUUCCAUUUCCUUACAUAUAGUAGGACAGGACUUCCUUCAUACAUAUCUUGUGACUUUCAACUUUCUUUGUUUCUUUUACUACGUUUUUUUUUCUCUCUUUAGCGUUUUGUUUUUCUUUUCGUCCUUUACUAUUCUACAUUUAAGAUUGUAGUAACUUCCUUUAUUUAUUACACUACCUUCUUCUUUCUUCUUCAUUGUCAUUAUUAGAGAGAGAGAGAGAUAGUUGUUUAUUCUUGUCUUUAUUAAGAUCAUUCAUGGCUUCUGCUUCAUCUUCAACUUCUUCAAAUUGGGUCAUGGAAAGUGGUGACAUUCCUCAUGUUCUAGCUGUUGAUGAUAGUCUUAUUGAUCGAAAACUUGUUGAGAAACUCCUUAGAAAUUCCUCUUGCAAAGUUACAACUGCUGAAAAUGGGCUUAGGGCAUUGGAGUUAUUGGGCUUGACAAAUGGUGAACAAAACACCUUGAAUGGAAGAUCCAAAGUAAAUUUAAUCAUAACAGACUAUUGCAUGCCAGGGAUGACAGGCUAUGAGUUACUUAAGAAAAUUAAGCAAUCAUCUGUAAUGAGGGAGGUUCCAGUAGUAAUCAUGUCAUCUGAGAACAUACCAACAAGAAUCAACAAGUGUCUAGAAGAAGGAGCUGAAAUGUUCAUGUUAAAGCCACUCAAACAAUCUGAUGUAAGAGAACUGACAUGUCAGUUAAUGAAUCUGGGAAGGUGAAAAUUUGUGUUCAAAGAGUUGGUAUCUAGUGCCAAAUUCUUACAGUUAGGCCUUAACCAGAAUGUUGCUAAUUGUAGGAAUUAAUGCAUAUCAUUGUUUUCAAGAUGCUGAACUCUAGUUUUGUUUUGUUUUAGUCUAUUUUAUGUAUACCAAUUUAGUCAUGUCUUUUUGUAAAAAAUUGAUCAACUUCAUGUUGGUGGAACAUUUUAUGGCUUUGAA